AAAUACAAUUACGUUCACAAAGCAGUUCAUAACAAUGAAACUAGGAGUGGUUCUACCAGCUCAAAGGUGAUAUGUUGCUCCGAAUCGUCGAGAAUGGGAGCUACUUCCGCGACAUUGUGAUUCAGGAAGGCGAGACAUUUCUUCUGCCUGGGAACACACCCCACUGCCCAGUCCGGUAUAAAGACACCAUAGGCCUGGUUAUGGAACGGACUCGUCCACCAGGCAGCAUAGACCGUAUCAGGUGGUAUUGUCCCAAUAAGGAGGCCCAUAAGGGCAUUCCUACCAUUAUCCGUGAAGAAACGUUCUACUGCGAAGACAUUGAGUCACAGCUGAAGGAAGUUAUCGAGGACUGGAUGGGAAACGAGAGCAGCCGAAAGUGUGGCAGUUGCGGAGCGAUAUCACCGGCCCAGUAAGGCUCAAUAGCCCAUAGGAGUAUAUUAAUCAAGGGUCGAUAUCAGGGUCGCGUCAUCGAAGAAGCUCCCAGAUAAGUCUUCCGAUGAUAGGGCUGGGAAGUCGGGCAGGAGGAACUGGUCAAUGUCCACUGUUGGACUCGUUGUAACAUAAUUGUUUGACUCGUCCAGUAUAGGAAGGUCAGAUGUAAAGUCUGCAGAGAGUGUAUAUGGUUGAGAAGAGUUCAGUCUUUGCUGUUUUGGCUCCCGGUCAUCAGAUCCAUCGUGGCCACGCUUAGAU